GUCCCCCCAUAGGAUCGCAGGAGCUACUUAAGCCUGACUUAACCAAUAUGCAGGAAGACACUGGGAAUGCCCCGUGUGAACACUCUGAGGCCAACGUGCUUGCCCAGAGCUGCUGUCAAAGCUGCUUCCACCCCGAGGAGGCCCACAGACCAAGGCAGGAGGAGCCGGGGAGCCCUCCCAGUGCUGAGCUGCCUUACUGUGACCUGCCUCGCCGCCCACCUGCCUCUGAGGACCCUCCCCGUUCCUCAACCUCCGGCUGCCCCUCGGUGGUGGGCCCGGGCCUUGGGCCAGGGCUGCAGAGGGGUCCGUCAGCAGGGUCCUCAGCAGAGGUCCCCACUGCCGCCUCCGGGAGCCAGAGCCAGGAAUUGGAGGCAGGACCCUCUCUGGAGGGUCUGGCCUCCUGCCUGGGUGGCAGCUUUGACGAAGGCCUUGACUCUGGCACCAGCUCCAGCCCUGACCACGACACCCCUGAUGAUACCAGCGACUCGUCCUCCGUGGACUGGAACAUUGUUGGAAGGCAGGAGGAGGCCCCCAGCUGGGACGAGCUCACCGUGAUGAUCCUGAGGAAGCCCCAGGAAGGGCCAAGAGCUGACAGUGCCCGAAGGGCUCCAUCUCUCCUCACCCGGUCUCCCGUGGGAGGGGAUGCUGCAGGCCAGAGAAAGGAAGAUCCCUGCGGUGGGAGCCAAAGUGCCGGACAGCACUGGGCAAAGCUCCGGGGAGAAAGUGGGCACUUCCUGGAGCGGCACCGGUCGGCGCUAACCCAGGCUUCCCGCGCGACACUGCCGGGCGGACCUCGCGGUGCCACCCCCCAGGCUUCCUCUCUCCAUCGUUCUGCCCAGAAGGACGCUGCCCAGACUGCUUCCACACAGGUCGAUACCCCCCGAGCCUCCUCUCCCACACAAAUCACCCAACGGGACAAGCCCAGGACCUCGUCCACCCAACAGGACAUCCCCAGGACCGCCUUCACACAGCACAACACCCCCAGAGCCUCCUCUCCCUCAAGAAUCGCCCAACGGGAUGACCCCAGAACCUCCUCCGUCCAACGAAGCAACCUUCGAGUUUCCUCUCCCACCAGAACCACCAGACAAGACAACUCUAGAACCUCUUCUGUCCAACAGGACAACACUCAGACUUCUUUUCCCACGUGUACUCCUCAGAGGGACAAUCCCAGAGGCUCCUCUCCCAACAGAAGCACCCAGCGGGACAACUCCCGGGCACCCUGUCCCCAGCGGGACAAUCCCAGAGGCUCCUCUCCCAACAGAAGCACCCAGCGGGACAACUCCCGGGCACCCUGUCCCCAGCGGGACAAUCCCAGAGGCUCCUCUCCCAACAGAAGCACCCAGCGGGACAACUCCCGGGCACCCUGUCCCCAGCGGGACAAUCCCAGAGGCUCCUCUCCCAACAGAAGCACCCAGCGGGACAACUCCCGGGCACCCUGUCCCCAGCGGGACAAUCCCAGAGGCUCCUCUCCCAACAGAAGCACCCAGCGGGACAACUCCCGGGCACCCUGUCCCCAGCGGGACAAUCCCAGAGGCUCCUCUCCCAACAGAAGCACCCAGCGGGACAACUCCCGGGCACCCUGUCCCCAGCGGGACAAUCCCAGAGGCUCCUCUCCCAACAGAAGCACCCAGCGGGACAACUCCCGGGCACCCUGUCCCCAGCGGGACAAUCCCAGAGGCUCCUCUCCCAACCGAACCACCCAGUGGGACAACCCCAAAGCUUCUUGUAUUCAACAGAACAACCCUAGGACCUCUUAUAGUCAACGAGACAAUCCACAGUCUUCCUCUCAGCGGGACAACCCUGGAACAUCCUCCCCUCGAUGCUGCACAAAACGGGACCACCCUGGACCGUCAUCUCCCCAUCGCUCAGCUCAACGGAACAAUCCCAGGAAUUCUUCUCCCCAUCGUACUAACAAAGACAUCCCCUGGGCCUCCUUUCCCCUCCGCCCAACCCAGAGUGAAGGCCCCCGAACCUCUUCCCCAUCUCGCUCCAAGCAAAGUGAGGUUCCCUGGGCCUCCAUUGCCCUUCGGCCAACCCAAGGGGACAGGCCUCCUCAGACCUCCUCUCCCACUAGGCCAGCUCAGCGCGACCCACCUCUGUCCUCCUCCGGAUCUGCCCAGCACAGCUCGCCAUCUCAGGCUGUGUCCUCCUUCCAUAACCCGGGCCCCCACAGUACCUCCCGGACCUCUUCACCUUUGUACCCUGCUACCCGCGGGGCACCCCAGACCUCUUUGGAGCCCUCCCAGCCUCCAUGCUCGGUCUGUAUUGGGCAUCGGGAUGCCCCUCGAGCUUCUUCACCUCCUCGCUACUUGCAACAUGACCCAUUCCCCUUCUUCCCAGACCCCCAUGCAUCUGAGAGUGAAUUGCCCCACCACAACCCCCCCUACAUACCUCCAGCCGUGUGCAUUGGACACCGGGAUGCCCCCCGGGCUUCCUCACCCCCCCGCCACACCCAGUUUGACCCCUUCCCCUUCCUCCCAGACACAUCUGAUACUGAGACUCAGUCCACCCAGCACGACCCUCCUCAGUUCCCCCCACCUGUGUGUAUUGGGUACCGGGAUGCACCCCGGGCUUCCUCUCCGCCACGCCAGCCUCCAGAACCCUUCCUGUUAUUCCAGGAUCUUCCCAGGGCCAGCACUGAGAGCCUCGUCCCCUCCACAGACUCUCUGCACGAACCCCCCCACAUGCCCACCCCCGUGUGCAUCGGGCACCGGGAUGCGCCCUCUUUCUCGUCCCCUCCACGCCAGGCCCCUGAGCCCUCCCUCUUCUUUCAGGAUCUCCCAGGGACUAGUAUGGAGAGCCUGGCCCCCUCCACUGACUCUCUGCAUGGCUCCCCAGUGCUGCCUCCCCAAGUGUGCAUCGGGCACCGGGAUGCACCCCGAGCCUCCUCCCCACCCCGCCACCCCCCCAGUGACCUAGCACUCCUGGCACCGUCACCUCCACCAGGCAGCUCAGGGGGCUCCCGGGGCUCAGCAGCCCCUGGGGAGACCAGGCACAACCUGGAGAGGGAGGAGUACACCAUGCUGGCCGAUCUGCCCCCGCCCAGGAGGCUGGCACAGAGGGAGCCAGGGCCCCAGUGCAGCAACGGUGGCCGCACCCGCAGCCCUGGCCGUGCGGAGGUGGAGCGCCUCUUCGGGCAAGAGCGCAGGAAGUCCAAGGCACCGGGGGCCUUCCAGGCCCGGGACGAGGGGCGGUCACAGCGGCCCAGCCAAGGUCAGAGCCAACUUCUCCGAAGACAGUCCAGCCCUGCCCUCAGCAGGGAGGUAACCAAGCCCCUUGCGAAGCAGGCAGAACCAGCCCGGCAGAGUCAAGCAGAGCCCUCUCGUCCCAGGAGCCCCGAGAGGCGGCCUGAAGGGGACCGGCGGCUCCAGGGGACCUCGCUGCCCCCAAGGACAUCAGCCAGGACCCCUGAGAGGGAGCGGCGGACAGAGAGACCCCUGGAAAGUGGCUGGGCAGGCCCAAGACAGCCUCUGGGGGGGUGGCGGAGUCCGGAGGGGCCUCCAGGAACCCAGGGCCCUCACAGACGUCUGGAGAGAGGGUACAGCAGCCAGCAGGAGGGCCCAGGCCUGGGGGGCUGGCAAGGACUUGGGGAGCCCAGCCGGGGGCUUGCCAGAGCCCCAGAGGGAACUUGGAGGGGCCCUCUCAGGGAGUCUGAGGAGAGCUGGGAGCAGCAGAGUGGCCCCGCCGGCCACAGGGAGCAGGCAGAGGCCUGGGAGGAGCCUCCUGGGAAGGGGUUGCGGGAGGCCCCUGACAGGCCAGCUCUCAGAGGCUGGGCCAGCCUGCAGAAGCUGCCCAGUGCUCACCAGACUAAGAGCCCUCCAGAGAACUCCAGGGUAGGCCCAGCAGAGUUCUUGAAAUCCCAGAGGCCUGAGAUGCCCACUACCAUGGGCUGGGGGGCUGAGGGAACGUGCCCACACCUGCACAGUCCUGACAGGCGAUCCGAGCUUGACUGGAAGGACCUUGUGGGCCUUCUCGGGGCGCCCAGAGAGGGGGCCUGGGGCCGGAUAGAGGAGUCGAUGAUCACCUCCCACCUUCCCAGGUUGGACUGGGAAGGCCUCCUAGAGCUCCUACGGGCCCAGCUGCCCCACAAGGACCCAGCUGGACACUGGGGUCCCCUGGCCCCGGCUUCAGGGGGUCCUCCGGCCCCAGCUUCAGGGCCAGAGGUGGGUUCCCCAGGCACAAAUGGCAUCCCGGAGCUAGAGCGACAGGGCCAGCCUGAUGGCUGGGAGGAGUCUGCCCUGGUCAACGGACAGAGCCAGAGCGCUGGGCAGUGGCCCGGGAGCUCCGCCCAGCUGCCCAGCCCUGCCUGCACCUCCACCCAGUGGCCAAAGACCAGAGUGACGAGGGGACCAGAGACCUCACCUAUGGCUGGUCUGGAAGAGAUGGGCCAGCUGGGGAGCAGGAGCCCUGCAGAGGGUCCCGGCUUGCCAGAGUGGGAGUUCCAAUCAGAGGAGCCCGAGGAGUCAGAACCAAGCAAAGGCCAAGACUCACUGACCGACCAGAAGCAUGCAGACUCGCCCGAUCUGCUCAACUUCAAGAAGGGAUGGAUGUCGAUCUUGGACGAGCCCGGAGAGUGGAAGAAGCACUGGUUUGUGCUGACGGAUUCCAGCCUUAAGUACUACCGGGACUCCACCGCUGAGGAGGCCGAUGAGCUGGAUGGCGAGAUCGACCUGCGCUCCUGUACGGAUGUCACCGAGUACGCCGUGCAGCGCAACUAUGGCUUCCAGAUCCAUACCAAGGACGCCGUCUAUACCUUGUCGGCCAUGACCUCGGGUAUCCGGCGAAACUGGAUCGAGGCUCUGAGGAAGACUGUGCGGCCCACCACGGCCCCGGAUGUCACCAAGCUCUCGGACUGCAACAAGGAGAACGCGCUGCACGGCUACAGCACCCAGAAGGGCUCCCUGAAGGCGGGAGAGCAGCGGGGGGGCUCUGAGGUCAUCGGUCGGGGCGGCCCGCGGAAGGCGGAUGGGCAGCGGCAGGCCCUGGACUACGUGGAGCUGUCCCCACUGACACAGGGCUCCCCGCAGCGGGUCCGCGGCCCGGCCCGCACGCUCGACCGCCCGGCCAAGCAGGAGGAGCUGGAGCGGGACCUGGCCCAGCGCUCCGAGGAGCGACGCAAGUGGUUUGAGGCCACGGACGGCCGGACGCCGGAGACCGCAGCUGGCGAGGGGCCGCGCCGGGGUCUGGGUGCCCCGCUGACUGAGGACCAGCAGAGCCGGCUCAGUGAGGAGAUUGAGAAGAAGUGGCAGGAGCUGGAGAAGCUGCCCCUGCGGGAGAAUAAGCGGGUGCCUCUCACCGCCCUGCUCAACCAGAGCCGCGGGGAGCGCCGGGGGCCCCCAGGUGACAGCCACGAGGCCCUGGAGAAGGAGGUCCAGUCUCUUCGUGCCCAGCUGGAGGCAUGGCGUCUUCAGGGAGAAGUUCCACAGGGUCCACCCCGGUCCCAGGAAGAUGGCCACAUCCCCCCAGGCUACAUCUCGCAGGAAGCGUGCGAGCGCAGUCUGGCCGAGAUGGAGUCCUCGCACCAGCAGGUCAUGGCGGAGCUGCAGCGGCAUCAUGAGCGCGAGCUACAGCGGCUGCAGCAGGAGAAGGAGUGGCUCCUGGCCGAGGAGACCGCGGCCACGGCCUCAGCCAUCGAAGCCAUGAAGAAGGCCUACCAGGAGGAGCUAAGCCGGGAACUGAGCAAGACACGGAGUCUCCAGCAGGGCCCCGAUGGCCUUCGCAAGCAGCACCAGUCCGACGUGGCGGCACUGAAGCGGGAGCUGCAGGUGCUGUCGGAGCAGUACUCGCAGAAGUGCCUGGAGAUCGGGGCCCUGACGCGGCAGGCUGAGGAGCGGGAGAACACCCUGCGACGCUGCCAGCAGGAGGGCCAGGAGCUGCUGCGCCACAACCAGGAGCUGCACGCCCGCCUGUCAGAGGAAAUCGACCGGCUGCGCAGCUUCAUUGCCUCGCAGGGCACCGGGGACGGCUGCGGGCGAGGCAGCGAGCGGAGCUCUUGUGAGCUGGAGGUGUUGCUGCGAGUGAAGGAGAACGAGCUCCAGUACCUGAAGAAGGAGGUACAGUGUCUCCGGGAUGAGCUGCAGAUGCUCCAGAAGGACAAGCGCUUCACCUCGGGGAAGUACCAGGAUGUGUACGUGGAGCUGAACCACAUCAAGACGCGGUCGGAGCGGGAGAUAGAGCAGCUGAAGGAGCACCUGCGCCUCGCCACAGCCGCGCUGCAGGAGAAGGAGUCCAUGCGCAACAGCCUGGCUGAGUAGAGGUCCUGGUGGCCCAGCUGCGCCAGCAGACCCUCCCCCGGCCUGAGGGGACCAGUCAGUUGCCCUCCUUCCUGCUGGAUGGAAGUCAGAAGCCAAGCUUUCUCACCACCCUCUGUGGGCCGCACAUGCACUCAUACCCACCACACACACACACACACACGCACACACACGCACACGCACACACACACACACACACACACUCUGCGUAUCUGAGCGCGCCCCUCGCACUGGGUCUUACCUUGCACCUUCUUCAGGAUUUUAUAUGUGAAGAGAUUGUUAUAUAGAUUUUUUUCCCUUUUUUUUUUUUUUUUCCCAAAACACGUUAUACUUUGAGAAAAGCAAUUCCUGGAGGCCAUGUGCCUCCAUCACUGGCCCGCCCUCCGGCUCUAGCUGCCUGCCCGGGCUUCUGGGCCCACGGGCCUGCCCCGGCUGCCUAGCAGACGCCCAGCAGCGGUCGUGGCAGGGUGGACUCUGGUGGGAGAGGCAGGGAGCCAGCCGCCCUCUUCCUACCCUACCUCCCACUAACUACUUCCUGCCCUGAGGCGCCCCACACCGUGGGACUCUGGACAGAGGGACAGACGGGCAGAGGGAGCCAGCAGCUGUCCCUAAGUUCUCAUCUCCUCGCCCGUGGGGGAGGGGGGUGCUGGACAGGGAACUGCCCGAGCCGCCCCAUGAAGGCUUCUCUCCUGCUCCAUGAGCCUUCUUAACUUAAUAAAAUGUUCCCGCA